AGCAUCACGAAGUACUCGGAAACCAGCAACGAACACAAUGGUCGCAGCUAUGAGCGAUACAUUCCUCUCUCAUCCGCUUCAUACGCUUGCCCAUCUCGCUUCCGAGUACACAAACGGACUAUCGCUUCGCGAACGACCUUCGGCCACGUCUGACCAUGGCAUCUCAACGUACAUCGCAGCCUCCUUUGAUGAUCGCACUAAACAAGCCAAGAUUCCCUCCUUCAAUGAUGUUCCAUUCAGCGAGCUGGAGUCGGGAGCAGUAUGUCGCUUUGCCGCGUUUAUUCAGGACCCUGACGCUUCUGGGACAGAGGUCUUUGUAGGUUAUUCGAAGGACUCGUCAUCGGACAAAUGGAAAUCGCACCGAUUUGGUCCGUACGAUGGUCCUGAGGUCGGCUACGGAGCAUCCGACAACAUCAUUUUGGAGGAAAGGACUUCCAUGUACGCAACCUCGAUCCCAGGUGAAGCGUCUUGGAUGAAGGAGAACGAGCUCCCAGAACUUGAUGACGUUUCUCUGAGCCGGAAAGCGCGGUAUUUGCCUGACCGAUAUCCGAAAAACGCACCGCAUCGGGCGGCUUUGCUGAAGUUCUACGCCGGCUGCGGCGCAAACAUUAAAGUUUGCGACAUAGUUGAGGUGAUUGGCUUACUGGAAUUCAACGACUCUGAUGAGGCCACUACUGAGGAUGAAGACGAUCACGAUCGUAUUCCCAUGAUUCACGUCCUGUCGUUCCGUCAAUUCCCUAAUAUUCAGGGGCUUUACCUACACCAAAACCUCACUCGACUAACGGAUCAUGAGAGCGCGAGAGCGAAGAUCCUCACCAAGGUGUCCUCUGUAUUCUCAGGGGACAUGAAGGCGGCUGAGCUUCUUCUCUUGUCCCUGCUAUCAAGCGUCAUCCGCCGUCAGAAUCAACAGGUUUUGGGUAUGCUAUCUCUCAACGUCUACGCAUGUCCCGGAGACGUUGCGCCGAAGCUGGUGCGGCUUCUGAAAUCGGUCUUGCCGUCUCUGAUGUCAGAGAAGUUGGAUUUGGACACAUUAAACACGCGCAACAUGGUGCCGAGUUCAGAUGGAGAGACUCUUCGUUCGGGAACUUGCCAGCUGGCACAGGGUACCUGCUUGCUUCUAGACGAGGGUGGCAUGAAGGACGGUCAGCUCGGCGACCGAGGUGUUCGCCAAAUUCGUGCGCUCACGAGGAUGAUUACGGCCCAGGUCGUACCCUUUCAGUUCCCUUUCAGCGAUUUUGAAGUCGAGACGGACUGUCCGGUCAUCAUCCUUGGGCAAACGAAGACGAUCUUGCCGGUGGAUUUCGCAGUCGCUCUGAAGCCGCAGCUGCAGGAAGCCACCGCUUCGGUAUCGCCUCUAUCUAAUGGGGAGUUGGAGGAUGUACGGAGUUACCUUGCUUCAGCACGGAAUUUGGAGGUGAAUAUUUCCAGUGAAAUAUCCGAGAGAAUUCAGAAUGAUUUCGUGAACAUGAAGAAGGCGGGCCGAGAUGAUCCUGUCAAGGCUUUAGGUGGACGGAUUGAAGUUGCCAGGCUUUUGGCGAAGAGUUAUUUGCGGACGUCGAUGUUGUGGGAUGACUGGGAACAUGCUGGAUUUCUGGUAAGAUAAAAAUACACAUACCGAGAAUGGAAGAAUCCCGGUC